CUUAACUGUAAUUUACUUACUGUGAUCAUAUUUUAGAUUGAAAAAAGAAGUGGUUGGAUAAAUGUAGCAGAUCUUCAAUGUGCUAUUCAUUUUAAAAUAGUCGAAUUUGAAAGAAUAAAGUUCCUCGUUAUCGCCUUGAAAGAAAGCAUAGAAAUUUAUUAAUGGGCACCAAUACCGUAUCACAAAUUCAUGGCCUUCAAGUCUUUUGCAGACUUAGCUCACCGGCCUGCUCUAAUAGAUAUGGCGAUUGAAGAGGGUGUUUGGCUCAAAGUAGUGUGCGGUUCUACUGAAGGUUUUCAUGCUGUAGAUUUGGAUUCUGGUGCUGUCUAUGAUAUUUAUAUACCCGCUCAUUGUCAGGACUCCAUUACACCUCACACUAUAGUCACUCUUCCUAAUUCCAAAGGCUUGCAACUCCUUCUUUGUUAUGAUA